UCCCCAAAUGAAGAAUGGUCCAAUUCCAAAUAGUAAACUCCACCAAAUUGAGUAAUCGACUCUCAAUUUCUCAUUCCCAAAUCCAAAAGUUAGAAAACCCUUUUCUUCCCUUCCUAAAUCCGUUCAACCGCGCCUGCGCCGCCAGCCAUUAGCCAAGUCCAAAAGCUCAAUUUCUCAUUCCCAAAUCCAAAAGUUAGAAAACCCUUUUCUUCCCUUCCUAAAUCCGUUCAACCGCGCUUGCGCCGCCAGCCAUUAGCCAAGUCCAAAAGCUUAAAGCCAGUGUUUCUUCUUCUGCCGAGUUCGAUUGCCGUUCCGGGGUUAUGCGCCUGCUUCUGACUUCCUGUUUAGUCGUUCUGGUCAACAGACAGCAGGGAAGAAAAUUCGGCUUUGCAAGUUCGCCUGGUGUGAUGCUCCAAAAAAAGAUGCAUUCAGUAUUAUGCUUCCAAUACUUUGCCGAAUCAAAUGUUAUGUGCAUAGGAGUUUUGAGUACGCGUUACAAUGCUGAGGCUUUUGAGUUGCAAGUUAUGGGAACGUGUGAAUGGAGGAAUUAAUAUCGGACCAUUAUCAUGUGCACAAUCAAGUGGUUUUCACAGUUCUCAGCUUUUUUGGGGUGGAAGAUUUUCUUGAUGAUGACAACAGCAGACCAUACACUUACCAGAAGGAGAAAAAGUCAAAAAAUCCGAACAAGCAUGUAUCCUUUAAGCAACGUACUGUAGCUUACAUGGAGCCAUUCACUCUUGAUGUCUUCAUAUCAAAGCGCUUUGUUUCCGCCUCAAUCACGCACAGGGUAACAAGCAAGCAGGUUGCAGUCGCUGGUACUAACUCCAAAGAUAUCAAGGCAGUACUCAAAUCACGAUCUGACAUACCUGCAUGUUUGGCUGUGGGUCGAAUUUUGGCUGAUAGAGCAAGAGAAGCAGACGUGUACACAGCUUCUUAUACUCCUAGAGAGAGAGACAAGUUUGAAGGAAAAAUUAGAGCAGUUGUUCAGUCCCUCAUUGAUAGUGGCAUAGAUAUCAAAGUUUUUCUUGAUUGAUCCUUGUUUUAGUCUUUUCCCGCAGUUUUUAUGGCGAUGUGCCUUCAAGAUUCUUAGGGGCAAGAUCUGUGACUUUAGUUUGUGAAACAGACUUAUGUUUUCAAACUUGAAAGGUAAGAACUUUUCAUCAAAGCAUUUAUGCUUCAAUGAACUGAAUUUUUUUGUAUUAGGUCGCAUCAAUAAAAUGCCAGAAAUUAGAAUAUAUUGUGUGGAGGGUUUCUUCUAUUUUCCUACUUUAGAGUUGCAAUUUAUUUGAAAAAUUAUAAUGAGGAACUGCCGAGUUUUUCUUAGCACCUCGAUCAGUUUUGGUCGAUGAACAAUGCAAUGAAAUAUGUGAAGCAUUGGAUAAAUC